AUGGCUCCAGAGGUGGCCCAUCAAAUGCGAACCCCCCCGCCGAAUACCCCGAAGGAAUCAUCGGAGCCUGUUGCCACAUCGACGAUAAAGAUGGGCUCAUCGCAACCACCUGGCGGAGUUGCACAUCCAGCACGUCCAGAUCAGGGUGCUCCAGCGUUGGGUCAGGAACGACGAGUUAUCUCGAGUGAGGCUGUUAGCUAUAUUAGACAAAUCCAACUCGAAUUUGUCGACCAGCCGGAUAUAUAUCGUACUUUUCUCCACACCUUGAAGGAUUACGAGAGUCAAGUAAUCGGCUUUCCUGGCGUCGUUACCCGUAUAUCCGAAUUACUUGCUGGGCAUCCCAACCUUAUACAAGGACUUAAUAUAUUCUUGCCUCCCAGGUACCAAACUGAAAGCGAUUCCAGCAAUGACCCUAAUGCCAUCUGCGCCACUGGUCAUCCUGCCACAGGAAACGAAAGAACUCUCAUCUCGCACAUCAAUCCACCUAAAAUGCUAGCUACCCCGCCGAAUACGCCGACAGAAUCAUCGGAGCCUUUUGCCCCAUUGACAGUACAUGAGAUCGGCGCGUCAACCAGCAUGCUAUCAGAGCAAUUGGGCAUAAGAACGAAGAUGGGUCCAUCGCAACCACCUGGUGGAGUUGCACAUCCAGCAUAUUUAGCUCAGGGUGCUCUAGCGUUAACUCAGAAACAACUAGAUGAAGCUUAUAGCUAUCUUGACCAAGUCAAAGCCCAAUUCGUCGACAAGCCGGAUAUCUAUAGUACUUUUCUCCACAUCUUGAAGGAUUUCAAGAGUCAAGUAAUCGACAUUCCUAGCGUCAUCAACCGUAUAUCAGAUUUGUUUGCUGGACAUCCGAGCCUCAUACGAGGAUUUAGUACAUUCUGGCCUCAGGGAUACGGCGCUAGCAAUGAUCUAAAUACCAUCUGCGCCACUGACUGUCCUGUCGCAAAUAACGCAUCAACGCCGACACAAACCGCACAAGGUGCCAGUAUCAAUGGUGCUGUACCUCAGCAGCCAGAUGCUGCAAAAGGUGCUGAGUCAUUCGACUUAUCGACGAUGAUGGAUCCAUGGAGCACAAGCCUGCCGCCCCAUCAAAUGCUCGCUAUAUUAAUACAACCGCCAGAACUCACUCGGCAGAAAAUAGAACUGUUCCCCCCCAUCGUGGUACAGCUGUUGCAGCCCGAGGACAUGCUAAAUGUCUGGGCUAUCGCGACGCUGCUUGAAAAUGGCACAGAUGUUACACAUCAGCUCGGGGGAGAACUCAUUCAAUCCCCCAUUGGCGGAACCUUUCAUUUCUCUGGGCUGACAAUCCAUGAAGAAGGAGUAUAUUGCGUCAGGAUAUGCAUAUAUCAAAUGGAUUUCGACUCUUGUCCCAAAGGUGUUGCUCAGAUCGGGUGUGUUGAUAGCAAUGAUAUCAUUAUAGCACCUCGACCUGACUUCAUGGCAAUCUGUCUAUCCAUUGGGGAUGUUACAGCUGCUCAAGACUCUCCAUGGGUCGCACAACCACUAUUGUGUCAAACAGUGGAUGCCAGCACAUGCAUAGACGAUCACACCGGUUACUUUCCGAAUUUGAAAAUUCAUACAAGUUCAUCUAUUACAAAUAUAAAGAAGAUCGAGUAUUCGAAGUAUAUGGUAAUAAAACCAGUUUCCGAUUUCAUGCUGGAGACUGCAAACUUGGAGCAUGGACUCUACAACUUCGGAUAUGGGUUGUUUCUGGAUGAGCGCGGAGUAUGGCUUGAUGAUGGGGAGAUUGAACGGACUGAAGGCCUAGAUGAGUCAGUCUUGCUUGGUGACGAUGGGGAACUGUAUCGCAAAAGGACAGAUGGUGUGUUUAACGGCUUAUUUGUCGGGUUGGAGAGAAGGGUGACGACAGUAGUGAAUGGCGACAAUAGCGUCAUGUGCAUUGCGCAUAAUGUUUUGAUUAACUGA